AUGAACGAGACGACUCGUAUUCUCGCCGAUGGCUCUGAGUUCAUCAUCGCGACUCCGUACACUCCUUCCGAAUCUCGGGCUGGUGUGGUCCUAGUGCUGGUCUCUUGCGUUUCGCUGGUAUGCGUCCUUGCCCUGCUGGCUGCAAUCAUCACGUCGGCGGUCAAGACGCGCUCGUCGGAUGAUCCCAACUUGUUUGUGCGCACCCAUGUGGCGUCCUACUUCGUAUCCCUGCUUCUGUGCUGCUUCUUCCAAGCCGUUGGAGGAAUUAUGAGCUCGAACUGGAUAAGGAGAAACGGAGUGUUCGAGGGAUCGUAUUGCACUGCUCAAGGCGCUAUCAAACACAUCGCCGACGUCGGCAUAGCGUCCUGGUUCUUCGUGAUCACAGUGCACACGUUCUUCGCCCUGUGGCGCUCAGAGCGCCCAGCUCGUCCCGCUCGCGAGAUACUCGGUUAUACGAUUGCUGCGGACGCGCUGGUGCACUAUAUCACGCUGGGCAGCACUUGGCUCUUCAUUAUCCUCGCUAUCGGCAUCGCAAACGCUACGCAGGAUGUCGAGAAGCGUGGUGCUUUCUAUGGUGUCUCCGGCGACUGGUGUUGGAUCACGAACGACUACGGCGCGGAGAGGAUCAUCUUCGACUACCUCUUGAUCUUCCUGUCCGCACUCACCGCCCUCGCCCUCGAUGUCGCCGUGUUUAUUCGCGUGCGCCGCAAGCUUCGCAUCGAGAAGCCAUCGAGCAAGUUUGUGCUAUCGGAGAAGGAUCAGGCGGACGAGUACCGGGUGAUGUUGGCGAAGCAUAUGGUGUUCCACCCAUUGGCGUACUUUGGAUGCAUCUUCCCGAUUGCAGUGGUGCGGUUUGCGAGUUGGUCUGGGAACGACGUGUCAUACGGCGGUACUAUCUUUGCGGACUUCGUGUACCUCCUGAUCGGAAUUGUCGUCGUCGUCCUCUUCCUUUCAACACCUCGCCUGCUGCCGCCACGGUCCUACCUGCCUGCAUGGGUCGUGCACUUCCCUUUGCCCUCGUACGACCACACAUCGCGGGGAGCAUCCGACUACGAAGACCCGUACUACAAGACCGGAGAGAAGGGUCCGCUCGGCGCAGACGUCAAGUUCGACCCAGAGCAUGCCCUCGUUGCUCCGCACGAGGCGCUUCCUUACCCGAAGCCGGUCCACGCUGCCGAGAACCCAUACGCGACACCGUUGUACUUCAAAGACCGCCGGCCGUCCGAGUCGCCCGAGAACACCCCGCGCGGGAUCGUGCUGCACCCUGGCGCCACCGACCGCAACUCAUACUCGUCGAUGUCUUCCAUCACGAUCAGAGCUCGGCCGAGCUCGCGCGCGUCGAACAUCAGCGUCGCGAGCAUGAACAAGCGUUUGCCGCCGCGGCCGGUGCAGGGUCUGCCUUCGAACCCGUCGCCCUACGUGCCGCAGAACACGCCCGGUCACUCGCGGUCGUCUUCAGCGCCUAUGGUCCCUGCCCAGCCAUCGCGGCGCGUCCCGCCUGGUCUCGGCGGAUACGGCCUACCGGUAGGACCCAGCGCGCACCGGCGCAUGCAUUCGUCGCCUCACGCCAUCAGUAUCCAUCCACCAUCGCGGCGGCCAAGCCCGGCACCCAGCGCUCGCCAGCAGUACCUCUCCCCCGGACAACUAACGGCUAGCGACUCGCGGCCUCUGUCUGGAGCAAGCGACAGUACCUCCUUCUCCUGGGCGUACAACUUCCGCAUGGAGCCCGGAUCCCGCUCGCCGUCGGUGGCCAGCGAGCCGCGCUACUCCGGUGCAGCUCAGCGGCUCAUGCAGUCGCGCGGCGGGCACCUCAGCAGUCUGCGGCGCGAGAUCACGCAAGCUCAGGCGGAAUGGGAGAACGUCGACCUCGGACACCAGCACCGCUCGGGGUCGCGCGCAUCUGACCGUUCAACUUCGUCCCGCGGUAGCCGCGGGUCGGCUCGCGCCGCGGGCGAGCUGGACGACGAGCGCGAUGGCUCGGACGCCAGCGCGUUUGAAAUCGUUACGAGACCUGAGUCUUAUAUACCACCCAAGUCUGCACGUAUCAGCCCUGGUACACCACCCAACCCGGAUGCACCGCGGCUGGCGCACGCGCUUGUUUCACCUUCAGAUCACAAUAUCUUCCCCGUGCGGGAAGUAAAAGGUCAACUGAUCAGCUGUAUACCUCUGGCACUCCCAUCCUAUCACGCUCACCCCUUGGAGUUGUGUUGCUCUAUCAUCACGCUUCAGGGCAGCUGUUUGGGUCGAAUCAUGCGGCGAGCAAACUCCGGUCCUCUUUCCUCAACUGCCUUCUCGCCCUUAUGCCCUCUCUCCCCGGCCUGGUACUCGACUGCCGCGUGCUCGCGAGCUCUCACUAGUCUGUAA